UGUGAUUUCUUCCAACACACCAUUAUUCUCUGCAAAUAUAUUUUUUUAAAAAACCUAAGAAGAAAAAGAAGAUAGUUAUUGAUGGCACUUCUGCGCUUUAGCGAGAAGAAAAAUGAGGUCAAACGGGCAUGGAAGAGCUUUACUAACAAGCUCAGAUCAAAAGUUAGAGACCUCGAGAUUGUUACAUUGGUCAGAGAUUCGACUUCUUGUCUCCUCCAUGGCAUUUCUUGCCGUCUCAUCGUUCUUUUCAAGACAAGAUAUCUUCAAAAUACCAACUCUCGAACCCAAUUCAACAAAUCCUAUCGUCACAGUCACAGCCUGAGGCAACGUUCUCGGUUUCUCAAGUUCUUGUCUCGUCCUUUUGCCAAUAAAAAGUGUCUUAAAAGGUAUAGUGAGGGCAAUUACAGGCAAAUCUACAAAUACCAAAGCCAACUAUUGGGACAGGGCGCGAUCAGGAGAGAGGAGAAAUUCUUGGGGAGAAAAAAGGAAAAAGACGAAGAAGAUGGAGCGCAGGAGCUUGUUGGUUCGAUGGAAGAUGCUUGGAGGAGAGUGGUGGCUGCAUCGCCGCAUCUUAGGGUGGACGAAAGAGCCACUAAGUUUAUCUAUAAGUUUAAAGAGGAGAUGAGGAUGGAAAGAGAGAGAUAUUUUCUUGAGUUCCAAGAAAGGUUAAUUCGAAGUGCUUGAUUUUUUUUUUUUUUUUUCAUUCCUUUGUAGCAUGUUUGAUUGUAUUUUCUUCAUAAGCUUUAAUCAUUUCAUUUGUGUGUUGGAUAAUAAAAAUUAAUCAUAUCUUGUAUAAAUUUGUAUU